AUGACAGAUAUUGUGAUUCGAAAACUGCGAAGUCCGAUUAAGAAAGAGUCGCCGAUUGAGAGUGUCGACUUCUGUAAAUAUGGUGAAUUGAUUAAACUUGAGAAGAUGCUGAGUGGCGAUGUGUGCGAUAUGAUUAAAGUUGCGAGUAUUCGAAAUAAGCAGCCAUGGGAACCGCGAAUGUUGUUCGAGAAGACACUAGCGUGGGAUGUGAUCGAUUCGGACGGAUGGGGAUCCAGUUCGGUGGUGAUAUCGACCGAAGAUACAGGGGUGAUCUUCCUGUCAGCUGGCUUAUCAGUGCCCAUAUUCGAAGCGGGCACUAGGAUCAAUCAAUUGGCCAUCAGAGAACCUUUCGGUCUGUUCUUUGCGAGGACAGAUCGAGGUACAGGAAUAUUUCAUUCGUUCAACACGUAA